AUACGUCAACGCCACGAGGAAUGCUUGGUUACCCAAACAAAUAAGGAAGAACAAAAACCAGCCCUCGUAAUCCUGCUGCUUGUUGCCACAGCAAACUGGACAUCUGCAAGUCCCGUCCGUUCCGCUCGCUCUCCUUCCGAGAAGGUUGUGGAUUACAAAGUUCAAAUCAGCGAGACUGGGACAGAGUACAACGAGACCAUCGAAGUGGCCACGGAAAAGCAAACUGAACUGUUUAAAGUUCCUGCUCAUAAUGACGUGGACGAAAGCAAUAUUUUGCACGACUUUAAGACGAAUAUGACUAUGAUGCUGUUACCGGAAAAAAAGAUAUGCUACCUCAUGCCACUGUCAGAAGAGAUGCCGACACCAGCAAAACUCGAGAGUGAUCUUGACCGGACAGAGGAAUUAGACAAGGACAAGACCAAAAUUAUUGACAGCAAGUGGAUAGUGGACAAAGAGAUGGCUAAUCGGUCUGAACUGAGCAAGGAGUUGGCAAACUUUUGUACACAAUACCCGAUAUAUCAGGUGAAAAUAAUGGACGACUCAUUGACUUCUACAAGGGUUGAGACAGAAGGAACGCACCAUCGCAGUCGUCGAAAUGCGAGAUCAUUUCCGCCAAUUCACCCAUGCAAUCUGUGUCCAGGUGGAAAAGGCACCGUUACCUACUGGGAUAAGUGUUGGUGCUCCAAUAUUGGAGGAUACUGGAAAAUUGAAACCAAGAUAGCUUCGCAUACAUGCGUUACGAUCUGGGAGUGUUUUUGGUGGGGUUGUAGGUCAAAGCACUUGGUUUACUAUGUAUAUUGUUCCCAAUAUGUUUGCCAACGUCCAACAUACUAUAGGCCACGCCCAUAUGAUGAGCCACGCCCAUAUGAUGAGCCACGCCCAUAUGAUGAGCCACGCCCAUAUGAUGAGCCACGCCCAUAUGAUGAACGAAACGCGCCCAUCGCGUUGUAGGUAUCUUCACCGUGUUGAAGACAAAAUGCUAACGGAAAUCAGGUGUUUAUUAUAUCAUAAACAUUCAAGGCUUUUUUUGUUACCCGCAAGAUAAGCAGUAAUAUUUGAACCCACAGUGGCUCUUUCUUUUUUGCAUUUUUAAGUUAGUGUCGUUAGUAGUCCAGCUUUUAGUGAGAUGUGUUCUCGGCGCCGCUGUGGCGUUGCUCAUAUUACAAAUUCGAUAGACACUGUUUUACUGGAAAUUACAAUUUUGAGAAGAGAGAAAUUCACCGUUUCCCAUACAUGAGAUCGUAUUUCCAAUUAGCAAUGUAGCUUAAAUCUGUACUGACUGUAGCUGAUAGUAUCAGGAGUCUUAGGAAGCCAAGGCUGAGAAGCAAAAAUAUUUUAGCACGGCAGACAUUCAGUCCAGAGGUUGUUUUUUUUAUUUAAGUCCUUUUGUUUUUAAUCCCAUUUUUUAACAAUAAUUUUGCUUAUUACAGCAACUACAUCGUUAGAAAUGUCACGUAAUGUCAUG